AUGCCUUACAAAAUAUUUUUCAAAUAUUCGAACAAUGAUAUUGCUCAAUUUAGUGAACUUAAUUUAGAAAAACGAAACACCACACUAAUCGCAAAUUUAGAUUUACUUUACCCUGAUGGAAACUGUAUAAAUCCGCUGAAAAAGAAAGAUUUGUUAUGUUUACUAGAUUAUGUUCCACCAAUUUACCACGAGUUUUAUAAAAGCCUUAAGACCAAUGCUCAAAAUAUUGAUAAUGAAAUUCCAUUAAUAGAUUUCUCUAGUGAUGAUGAAUAA